AUGUAUAAGACGAGCAUGCUGCCUCUCAUAUUGCAGCUUCGCGGCCACGCAGCUGGAGCCAACCGCCUCCUCUUACACACAGUAACAUUUGCAAGCAACGGGCCAAGGAUGGCACCCAUUACCAACACUGCGCUUCUUCUACUUUUAGCUGCCGCCGGUGCGCACGCCGCAGCCACGCCCGCGCACUCCAAUCGCGGUCCGUCAUCGUCAUGCAAGGCGUACCCCGGCGUCGCAGGCUGGCCCUCGGCCGACGCCUGGCGCGGCCUCAACAAGACAGUCGGCGGCCGGCUACUGCGGCCGACGACGACGCUGCCCGGUGGCGUCUGCCACGCGGGCCAGCCAAACUACGACGAGGCGCGGUGCGCGAGCGUGGCUGAGCAGUGGGAGACGUCCGAGUUUCACCUCGCGGACCCGGUCUCGAUCAUGUCCAACGUGUUUACAAAUUACACCUGCCUACCGGACCCGAGUAUGCCGUGCAGCGGGGCUGGAUACCCGGCGUAUGUGAUUAAUGUGACGUCGUCGGCAGACGUCAAGGCCGGCGUCGACUUUGCUCGCAGAAACAAUGUACGUCUGAAUGUAAAGUCGAGCGGCCACGAUUUCCUCGGUCGCUCCAACGCCCCCGGCACGCUCUCUCUCUGGACGCACCACCUCGACAGCAGCAUCCAGUACCACGCCGACCAAUUCACGCUGGCUUCCGGCCGCACUUUUCACGGCAACUCUGCCACUUUUGGCAGCGCGGCCAUCAUGUGGGAUAUCUACGCGGCGCUCGACCAGCACGGCCAGACAAUCGUGGGCGGCGGCUCCAAGACGGUCAGCGCCGGCGGCUACGUGACCGGCGGCGGCCACUCGAUCCUCUCGCCGCGGUACGGGCUCGCCGCCGAUCAAGUCAUUGAGAUGGAGGUUGUGACGGCCGACGGCAAGAUUCAAAAGGUGAAUCAGGACCAGAACCCGGACCUGUUCUGGGCUCUUGGCGGUGGAGGCGGAUCUACCUUUGGCGUCGUCACGAGCUUCACAGUCAAAACCGUCCCCAGCCCUAAAAUGACCGUUGCCCAAUUCGUCGCCUUUACCGUCCCCGACUCGCCCAUCCUCAGCGACCUCCUCGGCUACGUCGGCGCCCAGAGCCCUGCGCUCAUGGACGCCGGCCUCUCCGGCUACGACAUCAUCAGCCGCAACUUUUCCAACCCCGCGCCCGGCAUUCCCGGCCUCCCCAGUUACCUCGCAGGCUUCCAAGGCCGCCUUGCCCUUCUCGACGACACCGCCGACACCGUGGCCGCGCUCUUCAAGCCCAUCAACGACACCAUACACCAGCGCUGGCCCGGCGGUCAAGCCGGCUUCUUCUACAGCACCACCGAGUACGCGUCCUUUUUCGCUUUUUUUGCCGCCAAUGCCGACACGGAGUCUGUCGGCGACAACAAGUAUCUCGUAUCGCGGCUGCUAGACCGCGACGCGCUGACGAGCGACGAAAAGGCGCUCGGCGAGGCCUUGCUCUCGGGGACCGGGCCGGGCGGGUUGUCGACUUUUUUUCUCGUCGGCGGCAAGGGCGUGCAAGAGGCCAAGCCGGCGGGCGGCGGCAGCAAUGCCGUCAACUCGCACUGGCGUAGCGCCUACGUUCACACAAUCACCGCCGCUCAGGGCGUUCCCUUUGACAAGGCAGCCACGGAUCGGAAUCUCAAGGCGCUCGAGGAGGCGUGGGCGCCGGUUCGCAAAAUCUCGCCCUCUUCUGGUGCCUAUCUCAACGAGGCCUCGAUAUUUGAGCCCAAUUUCCAAGAUAGCUUCUGGGGUACCAACUAUCCUCGUCUUGCGCAAAUUAAGACCAAGGUCGACCCUCACGACGUCUUUUGGUGUACACCCUGCGUCGGAAACGAGCGUUGGCACCAGCUGGAGAAUGGUCAGCUCUGCAGAGUAUAA